UCCUGCUUCUUGUGUCUUCUACCAAGCAGCUGGGCUUUUGCUAUGGAUCCUGGGGGCCAAGGCACGGUUUCCCCAGGAGUCCACUUUAUUCAGCAACCAAUUGCUCAACAGCCAGAGGUGACAAUUCUCCAGCAGUUGCCAUGGAUGCCGCAGGCUCUUCCUCCAGCCAGCAGGAAGAAGCAAAUCAAAAAAGAUUUAAUGGAGCUGAUGAUGAUACAAAAUGCACAGAUGUACCAGGUAGUCAUGAACAACCUGGCCAUGACGGCAAUGGCACACUUUGAACAGAGCCCUGCACAGGCCUCCAAUGUCCUUUGGCACAUAGAGGAAGACGAAGAGAAUAGCCCCACACCCUUUGUAUUCCACCACCAUUAUGUCCCUUAUCCAAGCACUGUUCCAGUCAUGGCAUGGCAGCCCCCUUUUCAACCACCAGCUUGGCCCCGACAACAACCAGUCAUCCGCCACGUGGGCCCGUCCAUUCAGACAAGAAGGGGACCCGAUGGUCAAGCGGUUCCUCCACCCCCUCCACCAAGUGCCACAGGAACUGUAACAGCUGAUGUCCCACCAGCUUCAGAGUACUAUGACUUCAGCGAAGGUCAAUUAUGAGGUGAAAAUCUCACCUGUUCACCCUCCAAUAUUCAUCCAGCAUGGCUAUCUGGAACUUCUCCUGCCAUCCCUU